CUCGACUCUUUCACCUUCCACUGUUGACCUCUUGCAACCACUCGAACACCAACUGGACCGUCGACAACGACUACCACCACACAACCAACACCACACACAAUGCCUGCUACCUGCCAAUUCCCGCCUUGUCCUGGCCCACCACCAAACCGUCCUCUGCCUGACAUUCCCAAGUGAGGAAGAACUCUGUUCAACAACGCACGACCUCGACAAACCACCCUACCUCCCGCACGCAACGACUGUACACUAUGGCACUUCUUCUGAACUAUCGAACCAGAACGACGUCUGCCACCUUCUCACAUGCAACGCUCGAUCAACACUCCCCGAGCACAUACCGAAACGAUCUGCAAGGCGAUACAAGCAGCAGCAGGAAGCGAGCAGGACUCCACCUCGGCGGUACAAGAGAUGACUCGGAUGUCCCUCGACCCACCCACCUGCAGACAUUACCUAUGACUAGCGAGCCAGCCGCAUCUCGUUUCAUCGCUCGCACUCUCUCCACAUCGCCUUCCCUGCUCAUGCACCUCCAGGCGGCUCCGGAUAUCUACACCCACGACGACGAUCCCGUCGUCUAAUACACCAUACACACGAUACGCAAUACACCAUCGGCUCCGGCUUGAGUCUCCUUGGACGCAACACGCACAUUCGCAUUUCACAACGCCGCAGGCCGGCCUUGCCUGUACCUUUCACUUGUACCAUCAGUCCGACGGAUCACAACCAUCCUCGGCAUACAUUUCAUCGGCGCAUUUCUUUCCUUUCGGAUAAACUGGACACAUCCAGGCAUAGAGGGCAUCUCAUACAGCCACUCGCUAUACAUGUACUACUACACUACUAUUGGUAAUUUUGCUGGAUGAGUCUGGGAGGCUUCAGGCAUGGCAGACACUCUGCGACGCCGCUCAAUUGCAUGGACUGGGAAUGAGGAUUUUUGAGAGUGGGAGAGACGGAUACGACAUAUACCCCAUCGGCAGCAGCGAUUUUGCGCGCGCCUUGCUACGUUAUUGAGACUUUUUUUGUUGGAUAAAAGAUACCUAUUCCUGUUAAUGCAUUUGGCCGCACUCGAGGCGCCAUCUGAACACUCAUCUGAAC